AUGAUCUCCCUUUCUGCACACUUGGUCUCUCUGGAUAACCGUUCUGGUGUUUCUGGUGUCUUAGAAAUCCCCGCAUUCAUGAAUUUUACUUCCUUCGCUGGCCCGGAGAUUGCUGUGAUGUCUCGACCAAAUAAUGAUGAUCUAGGUAUUGCCCAGGCGUUGGCAGAUCUCGCAAAAGGCGAGCGAACGGCAACUGCCCUGGAGGACCACUUGAAUGCCUUGGAGGGCAAGAUGGACGAGCUUUUAGCAUUCUAUGAGGGACAGGCUGCCGCUCGCCAGGAGCCCGACCAGCAAUCCCAGGACCCGCCUCCUGUCAAAUCAACCGAAAUCAAGCCCGAGGAGCAGAGUCGUUGA